AUGACAAAUGAGUUGAAUGCACAUAAAGAAGCUGGUACGUGGGAAAUGGUAGAUCUUCCCCCUGGAAAAUCAGUUGUUGGAAGCAGAUGGGUCUACAAAGUCAAAACCAAUUCAGAUGGGAGUCUUGAACGGUGCAAAUCUCGUGUUGUUGCUCAGGUUGCUGCUGUUCGACAGUGGGAUCUUCAUCAAAUGGAUGUGAAAAAUGCAUUUCUUAAUGGGGAAUUGCAAGAAGAAGUCUACAUGCGUCCUCCUCCUGGAUUAGACCAUGCUCCAAAUCAGCAAUUUACACGAUCAUCAAACAAAGGUAUUAUUAUCCUUUUAUUGUACGUAGAUGAUAUGGUUAUCACUGGAAGUGAUAUUGAAGGUAUCAGAGAUCUUAAAAACCAUCUAAGUACAUGUUUUCAAAUGAAGGAUCUUGGUCCACUCAGUUAUUUUCUUGGUAUUGAGGUGAGCAAGUCAGCUGAUGGUUAUUUCGUUUUUCAAGCUAAAUAUGCAUCUGAAAUCAUUGCACGCUCUGGAAUUACUGAUGCUAAAAUUACAGACACUCCACUAGAAGUGAAUGUCAGACAUGGUCCUUCAGAUGGAAAGUUUUUAUCCAAUCCAACAUUAUAUCGACAAUUGGUAGGAAGUCUGAAUUACUUAACCAUUACUCGACCUGAUAUAAGUCAUGCAGUUCAUAUUGUAAGUCAAUUCAUGUCAGCUCCUCGUUCUACUCAUUAUGUUGUUGUUCUUAUAAUACUUCGUUAUCUCAAGGGAACCUUAUAUCAGGGGUUGCAGUCCUCAUCUAAAUCUAAACUUAUUCUUAGAGCAUACUCAGAUUCAGAUUGGGCAGGGGAUGUUACAGAUAGGCGAUCCAUUACAGGGUACUUCUUGUUCUUGGGAGAUUCUCUUAUAUCUUGGAGAAGUAAGAAGCAGACUGUUGUAUCUCGUUUAUGUGCUGAAGCAGAAUAUCGAGCUCUAGUUCAUACUACUUCUGAGAUCAUAUGGCUUCGAUGGUUACUCAGUGACAUGGGAGUUGUCAUUUCUACGCCUACACCUCUAUUUUGUGACAACAAAGCUGCAAUUCAAAUUACUCAUAAUGACGUUUUUCAUGAAAGAACAAAGCAUAUAGAGAUUGACUGUCAUUUUACAAGACAUCACUUUAAGCAUGAAACAAUUACUCUUCCUCACGUAAGCUCAGAAUUUCAAUUGGCAGAUUUAUUCACCAAGUCACAUCCUGCUCCUCGACUAAAGUUCUUGCUUUCCAGACUCAAUAUGAGUUCAGCACCAUCUUGA